AUAAAUGUCGAAUAGACCACCUUCACAAUAACCAUUAUAGUCUGGUCCUGCAAUUCCAUAAAGAUAACCUUAAUAAGCUUAAUGGAAUCCAACAUUUUCUCCACCAAGAACAUAUUAAGCUCCAGUGUAAUUAUAAAGUCCUGCUUAUAUUCCUUAAUAUUACACUUAACCAAUUGCUCAAUCAUAUGUUGCUCCAACUGUUGUUUAAUAACCAGUGGUUUAUUAAUAACCAGUUGUUACUUAAUCAGUAGUAGCAUAACCUGUUGUUUAAUAAUAACCAAUUAUUAAAGGAGAAAGCAGAGUAGAGUAUAAAUUAUAUAUAUUAUAACUUUAGAUAUAUUCCAUAUGAGAAGAGUGUAAUUGAAUACGAAGAAGUCAGAUAAAAAAUUUAAGUUCCAAGAGAAAAAUAUAUUACAGAAUAUUAAGCUAUUGAAUAUUAAACAGAAUAUGUGCCUUAAGUAUUUUAUGAUAAAGUGACAGGUAUCUAUAACCAUAUAUAAUUAUUUAGAAUAUGUUCCUGUUGAUAAAUAUUAAGAAAGAGUUGAAUAUUAUCCUGUUGAAAGAUAAGUAGUUCAUUAGCCUUAAGUUCAAACUGUUGUUGCUUCACCAGUUGUAUAACAAUCCUAUAUUGCUUAACCACUUGUUUAAUAGUCCUAUAUAGCUUAACCUUAAGUCACUCAAUCUUAUAUUCCUUAACCACUUGUUUAAUAAUCUUAUGUUACAUAAACUGUCCCUGUUGUAUCAUAACCUAUUUAAUAUACCUAAUAACCUCAAUAUGCUCAAUAUUCUCAACCUCAAACUUAAACAAUUUAUGGUCCACCUAUUCCUAUUGGAAAUGCACCUAUUCCUGCAAGUUAAUUACCUGCUGCUGUCAAAACUGGAUAAUUCCAAUAAACACCUUAAAAAUGAGAUAUUAUUCAUAUAACAAAC